AAAAGAAACUAUCAAAAAUGAACAAUCAAAAUAACAAUUUCGUCGAUUUCUCGGAAGAUGAUGAUAUGAUGGAUGCGGACUUUUUGGUAACUAGCCUUGAAAAUGCGCCGCCUCAUCCAAUAACCGAUUAUUCGCAGGGAGUCGUCAUACCGGAUGACCUGAUGAACGCUUCUCUUGAGUUUCAACGAACGGAGCCUUUUUCAUUCAUACCAGCCGAGGAGGAUUUGGCUCCGAUGGAGAUUCUUCCGAAUAAUCAAGGGGAUGUUGAAAUGACGGCGGUGGAUAAGAAUCCGGAUAAGGUAUUGUUCGAACUUCGCGUCGAGACCCAAAUUGAGCCAACUCUCAACUAUAUAAACGCGGAGAAUGAGGCAGUUGAAUGGGAUAUAAAGAGUUAUUAUGAUUUCGAUAAUCCACAACGCCCAGCACAAGCUGAUGAAGCCGCCACAUAUCAGGAAAAUGGCUACGGAUUUGUUGAUUUUCAGCCAUUCGCCCAGCAGCAGCAGCCUGCUUACAAUGGGAAUGAGCCGGAAUUCUUGAUCCAAAGAAUGCAAAUUACCGAUGAGACGUAUGCAAAUGCUCAUUUCCAUCAGAAUGAGUAUGCGAUUGAAGAAAAGCCCUCUCUUUUCUCUCCGUCUUCCACUCCAUCCUACUGCUGCACAAGCGGUCCAAUAAGCCCAGCAUAUACUCCAAUUGGCAAUAAUGCAAAUGCUUGUGCUCCAACGAGAUCCCGCCGUACCUCCACAGCCAGCAACAAAUCUGGUGGAAAAAUCGGAAAAGUGGCGAAGCUCGGCGAGAAAUCGAGCGGCGAGAAGAGAACUCGCAUGACAAAAGCCGAAAUGAGCCGAUUGACAGAAAAGGAGAAGCUGGAGCGCAAAAAAGAGCAAAAUCGUGCAAAUGCCAAGAAUUGCGUAAAAAAUCGCAACAAUAGCAAGGAAGAGCUCAAGCAGACGCUGGAAAUGCUCAGAGAAAAAGUUCAAGAAGCCAAGCGUCAGAAUGAGAUGCAAGAGAAUGGCCUAUUGGCGGCCUACGAGACUAAUAUUUUCGCAGUACAGGGGAAUAACUUCCCAUAUGGAAGCCUGGAGCUGUUUUACGAUCAAUUGCAAGGAUCGAAAGCCGAGGCUGUCGAGCAAGUUCAAUAUGACAAUAAUGGAGAAGUGGUGCAGUUGGAAGAGGCCUUCAACAAAACCGAACAGGACUACGGACAAUACACGAGUGUCAAAAAAAUCGCAGGACUACCUCAAAAUACGUUUGCUUCGAAAAAAUCCCGUGCGAAGACGGCUUUCGAGAUCGCCGACCAUCAGUUGAAUCUCAAAAAGGAGGAGGUUGAGCUGAGGGAGGCGAAUGCGAUUAAAGUGGUACUCAAUCAAAUCACAAGAGAACUGAACCGAUACAUGGAUGGUGCCAAGCUUGCCGAGCAGCAGGCUUUUGAUGAGAAUUUCCAGCAAUUUGAGCCAAGCUGAAGGAUUUUUUGAGCGAAAAAAAUAUUAAAAAAUUAAAAAAUCUUUGAAAACUAGUUAUUUUUAUCCAAAAUGUUAUAUUUAAAGCUUCAAAAAUCCAUUUUUUUCUCAAUUUCUCACCGACCAAUCAGCGACUUUGAACUCCGCCCACUCCGCCCACUCCACCUGAUUGGUCGCAGCUUUCCCAUUUUAUCCAAUCAAUUGUAUUUUACUUCGAUUUUUUCUGUGAAAAAUUCCAUUUUCAUGUUUUAUUUUUUUCCCAUUUCUCACUCCCCAAAUACGGUUAAUUGUUUUUUUUUGUUUCAAAUCAAAUCGGUUUUAAAAAUGAAUAGCAUGAAAUAAAUUUUAAUACUUUU